GAGCCCCCACUAUCGGCGAGAGUACCGCCACCAUCACGGCCGCCUCACAUCCCCGUUACCCUCCCCAACAUCCACCACAUCCAGUCGCAGUGCAUUGCGUGCUGCUCCCUCUGAUGCUGCUACUGCGGCUUCCUCUUCUACUGCUGCUGCUGCCCCCUCUACCCACUAUGCCCUGCCCCUCGCCUCCACCCCAUCCGCUCCAAGUUCCCACUUCUCCUCCUCUUUCCUCUCCUCGCUCAUAGGCUGGGGUCAAGGCAGCGGCAGUGCCAACAGUGGACCGAGCCCAUCACACAACAGGAGACUUAACCGCGCAAGCAGCACCAUUAGUGGUGUAGCUGGUGAUUGGGACGGUGCAGCAAGCAGCGGAGCUGGCGAUUGGGACAGUACAGCUGGCAAGGGUAGUAUCAUCGCAGUCAGCAGAAGGGAACAGCUCGCUCGCACGCGUACCUUCUCCUCCUCCACUGCUCAUAGCAUUCAGAAUCUCGCUUCUUUCAUCCGCUCACCCUCCCCCAGUGGGUCUGUGGACGGUGGGAGUUCCUUCACCUAUCACACUUCUGGCAGCACCAGCAGUAGCUUGAGGCGACACAGCAGCGGAAACGGGCUACCAUCUCCUCUCACCUCCCAACGGCUCCUAUCUUCUGCUUCUGCUGCUGCUGUUCCUGGUGCAUCUGGUGCUUCUGGUGCUUCUGGUGCUGGUGCUACUGAUACCGUUACUGCUGAUGCCUCUGUGCUUGACAUCACCACAAGAAGCAGUGGCCCCCAACUUUUUAUUAAUCCGCGUGUCACCCUCCCUUCCUCUGCGUCCAUAUCCGAGACCAGCUCAGUCAGGCACAGCAACAUGGCUAACAGGGAAGGGCUGCACAGGCAUGGUGGGUACAGCGGUGCAAGGGCAGGGGGAGCGACGGAGGCAGCUGAUUGGCUGUCAGAGCUCUCUGACAAUUCGAACAUGGAUGAGGUGGAUCAAAUACUGGCUCAAAUGGGUCUCAGACCGGGGGAGAUGGUGGGGGAAGGAGGGGUUGUAGGAGGUGUGGGGGCAGAUGGUAUGAGAGGGUUUUUAUGGGGUUGCGGCGGGGAGUGCAGGCGUGUAUGACAAGGAGAGUUCACGACAUGAGCGGGGCCAGCUGAGGAGGUUGGUGAGGAAAUUGGCAGAGAGUCCGAGGCCGUAUGGGGAGACAGCUGGCUUUGGCAGAGGGAGCGGCAGCGGAGGGGCAUCAACACCUAAGUCACUGGACUCCGUAAAGACGGAGUCUACUGAACAUGCAAGAGAUGCCAUGAUCCUGUACCAAUGAUAGGAAUCCAUGCUAGACAUACUGGUCAAGUCCUGAUUUUUCCUGUUGCACCAGGAAUGAGGCAAUUGCAGCAGCUUGAGUGUACCAUGUGCAGCAAAUGUACCAUACA